AUGCUGUUUAAUUUGAGGAUCCUGUUGAACAAGGCAGCUCUUAGAAACGGUCACAGUUUCGCGGUUCGAAAUUAUCGAUGUGGACAACCACUACAAAAUAAAGUACAGCUAAAGGGUCGUGACCUCCUCACUCUAAAGAACUUUACAGGAGAAGAGAUUAAGUAUAUGCUAUGGCUAUCAGCAGAUCUGAAAUACAGGAUAAAACAGAAAGGAGAGUAUUUGCCUUUACUGCAAGGAAAGUCCUUAGGCAUGAUUUUUGAAAAAAGAAGUACUCGAACAAGAUUGUCCACAGAAACAGGCUUUGCACUUCUGGGAGGACACCCUUGUUUUCUUACCACACAAGAUAUUCAUUUGGGUGUGAAUGAAAGUCUCAUGGACACAGCACGUGUGUUGUCUAGCAUGACAGAUGCAGUGUUGGCGCGAGUGUAUAAACAAUCAGAUCUGGACAUCCUGGCUAAAGAAGCAUCCAUCCCAAUCGUCAAUGGGCUGUCAGAUUUGUAUCAUCCUAUCCAGAUCCUGGCUGAUUACCUCACUCUCCAGGAACACUACGGCUCUCUGAAAGGCCUUACCCUCAGCUGGAUUGGGGAUGGGAAUAACAUCCUGCACUCCAUCAUGAUGAGUGCAGCGAAAUUCGGGAUGCACCUUCAGGUGGCUACUCCAAAGGGUUAUGAGCCUGAUCCCAGCAUAACCAAGUUGGCCGAGCAGUAUACCAAGGAGAAUGGUACCAAGCUGUCACUGAUGAACGAUCCAUUGGAAGCGGCUCGUGGAGGCAAUGUAUUAAUUACAGACACUUGGAUAAGUAUGGGGCAAGAAGAGGAGAAGAAAAAGCGGCUCCAGGCUUUCCAGGGUUACCAGGUUACAAUGAAGAUGGCUAAAGUUGCUGCUUCAGACUGGACAUUUUUACACUGCUUGCCCAGAAAGCCAGAAGAAGUGGACGAUGAAGUGUUUUAUUCUCCACGAUCACUUGUAUUCCCAGAGGCCGAAAACAGAAAGUGGACAAUCAUGGCUGUCAUGGUGUCCCUGCUGACAGAUUACUCGCCUCAGCUCCAGAAGCUGAAGUUUUAA